AUGUCUCCCACGUCAACCGAUAAUGCUAGUUUGAAUAGAGAUCAUAGCUAUGGACCACCGUUCGAUAAUGCUCGUGCCGACCUUGUUGUGCGCGCCUCCGACGACACUUUCUUCCUCAUCUCCAGGCUCUCGCUUGAGAUGGCAUCUUCAGUGCUUCGAGAACGACUCGCCAUCAUGGAUCAAAACCACGACGGCUCCCAUACAACCGAUGCGGAUGGACGGCGCCGCGUACUUUCGUUGCCAUAUGCGUCGACGAUUGUGGCCCAUCUGCUCUCGACCAUUCUUCCUGUUACUCUGGAGCUCCCAGAUGAUUUCGAGCAAACAGCCUCUCUGCUUGCAGCAGCUGAAGAGCUCGGCAUGGAGUAUACCGCCGCUACUAUACGGCACUUGCCUACAUUGAAGCAACUUAUACAAUCAGACCCCAUCACUGCCUACUUCGUUGCCAGUCGGCAUGGUCUUUCUACGGAAAUGCAACGCGCUGCGGAGCACUCCUUGGGUCGUCGUUUGAAGCUGAAAGACUUAGUCUCUUCCGGUGAUCUCUUCUUCAACUUGCACACGUUCCAUCGAACUUGGUCUCAGCGAUCGCGCGCACUUGCCGAUGCUUUGACGAAGAAGUAUGAGAAAGAGUGUCUCCUGCUCCAUGAGCACACGGACGACAAGGCUUCGAGUGUGCGAUGCAGCUUCAACAGGUCAGGGUGGCGGGAUACCUUGUACUCUUCCCUCACAUUAGUACUCGAUACCCCUACGGCGAUCAAUCGCACGCGGCUGUGUCUGGACCUUACAGAGUUCAUGCGGCCGACCUUGUUCGCGUCUAUCUCGAGUCCCGACUACAAGAUCAUAGAUGUCGGAAAACUUGACGAGAUUAUGCUGGAUGUGGAGACGUCGGCUGCACAGGCGCUAGCGUCGAUAAAACUUGUCAAAGUGACUGACCCAUAUGCGUCGAUUGAAGAAGACAUCGUACCUCCCGAUCUGAAGGAGAAGGCCCGUGACAAGCACGAUCUCCCUGACGCCGACGUUGUUUUGCGAUCGCGCGAUGGCGUCCUUUUCAGGACCUACAAGUGCAUAUUGGCAAUGACAUCCGCCUUUUUCAAAGACAUGUUCAGCUUGCCGGUCUCUUCUGAGGCUGAUAAGACACCCCAAAUCGUGCAGAUGGCAGAGAGCGCCAAAACACUUGAAUGCUUGUUGUCAUCCAUCCUUCCCAUCAAAACAAAUAUCCCCGACGACUUCCAUUCAUACGCGCUUGUCCUAGCUGCAGCGCAAAAGUUUGAUAUGGAAUAUGCCCUCGACACCCUCCGCGUCGGAGCAACAGCCCGUGUAGAAGCAACUUCCGCUCAUGUGCGAUAUGGUAUCGCCUCUAGGCUGCAUCUACGACCCGAAGCCCUCGCUGCGGCGGAUGAACUUCUGACAUCCCCGAUGACGAUAGAGUAUUUUGGCACAGAGAUAUGCUAUCUCAGUGAAACUUCACUACAGCAACUGUUGACGUAUCGCAUCGCAUGUCAGCAGUUCGUAUGGGACGCUCUUUCAAAGGAAGACACCUUGAUGAAAGUGCUAUGGGAAGCUCUGGGCUCGCCACGAGAGAUAGGCUGCAAGGUCAAAACCCCAUACACCGACCACUUCGUCCCUGGAUGGUCUUCGUCACUUCUCACCGUCGAGGCAGGAGGAGAUGGUGCCGAAUUGGAACGCAGGCUUUCGCCAUGGUCCCGGAGCUUCUUCGAGGGCGCCAUAGCCUCGCACACCCAACGAACAAAACCGCCAUGCACCUUCUGCAUGUCGAUCAAUACAUCGGCCCUCUAUCGAGCAGUAUGCCGGUCUUUGCAUAACAUGGCCACUGCGUCGAUUGCUUUUCCAGCUUGGAAUUGA